AUGCACUUGCACUGGAAGUAUCGUGAGUUGGUGAAGAUAAUUGUGAAACGAAAGGGUAUUACACAAGUCAAGCACAUUGCAAUUUCUUUGGAGGCUGAGAGUGGUGGUGUAUUAGUGUCUGUGGAUAGAACUAUGGAAGGUUAUGCCAUAAUUGUCUAUCGUGGAAAGAAUUACAUGCGCCCGCAGGCAAUGAGACCUGGGAAUUUAUUGACAAGGAGGCAGGCAUUGGCCAGGGCAGUGGAACUUCAGAGACGUGAGGCUCUGAAGCAUCAUAUCGAAGAUUUACAGGAAAAAAUUGAGUUGGUCCAGUCUGAACUUGAGGAGAAGGAAGCUGGCAAGAAAUUUGAUGUGGACAAAGCCUUUUACUAA